AUAUAUAUAUAUACGCAUAUACAUAUAUGACCCAGAGAGCCUUUAUGCAGGUUAUUGUAUUACAUAUAAAUUAUAUAUAUUGACAUUUACCACAUUUGAAAGUAAAAGCAAGAAAUUUCCAAGACGUUAAUUUAUUUUAAAAGAACCCAUUACAUGGUUAACAUUUUUUGCAGAAAAGCAAACUUGUCCAAAAUUUUUAAAACAUAAUUAGCAAAGUAGCAUUGAUUUACAUUUUGAAAAUCUCUAACGUCUUGAUUCAAUCACAAAACUGGAUUCUUUAUGUUUCUUUGUAUUCAGUCUGUUGAAAUUGGCAGAUAACAACAGUGGAAACUUUGGUGUACACUCCUGGGAGAAUGAAUGAAAAAGUUUGAUAAAAUCUUAUGAAAAAAACAUUUUCACCUGUGAACCUCCUGAAAGGGUCCAGGAACUGCAGCAGGGCUUCUGAGACCAUAAACUUCUCAAGUGACCAAACUUCAUAUUGUUCUACCAUUAUUUGUACAUAUCUUUAUACAAAGUCACCUCCUAAUACUGUUAUGCAUAGAACUUGUCUUAGACAAUAAGUGCUUGUUGAAUUGAGAGUCAUUCAUUUAAACUAUUGAGGCCUGCUAUUAGCUAAAAGUUCCAGAAGAUUAAACGUUAAAUAUUUUAUUCCUCUUCAUGAGGGUUUAUCUAGCAAUAGACUAGAAUUUUGAGACAUUCACAGUAACAUUAAUUGCCAUGUUGAAUGUAAUACUAAAAAUCGGUUUAUUUUUUAUUGAGUACAGAGUACCAAACAAUGUACUAAGUGUUUACAUGUAUUAUCUACUUUAACCCUCCCAACAACCCUGAGUUGCAAAGUUAAGAUCGAAGCAAAACUUAAUGAUGAUUUGGGAUUAUUUCCCAUGCAGAAAUGAGGUAAGAAAUGUAAGCUAGGAAAGUCAAGCAGAUAUAGGGUGCAAGUUUUUUCUAUUCCAGGAAAAACACAUUAGGCUUUUAGCUGUACAAAGAAAAUGCAAAAUACUAUUAGUCUAAGUCCUCAGAUUUCUGAAUUUCUAGAUUCAUCAUAAUGUAAAAAAUUGUCAUCUUGGGAGUGGUGUUACAUGUGACUUUGGAGGCUAAGACAGGAGGAUCACAAGUCUAGACCAGCCUCAGCAACUUGGUGAGACCUGUCUCAAAGUUUACAAAAUCAAAAAAGGGGGGGAUGGGUUGAGGAUGUAGCUGAGUGGUAGAGCUGAGAGUACAAUCCCCAGUACCCUCCCCGCCAACACACACACAACCAAACUGUCUUUGGAGGCAGAUCCUCGUGUUGUUCUGGCAUUAAUCAGGAACCUAGUUAGGAAAGAAUCUGGGCUUCUUGGAGAGUACUACCACUUGGUGAUAAAGGAAGAAAGUCAGUAAGACUUUGCCAGCAAAACGUGUGGCUGCUGGGAUCUCAAAGAGUGGAUACCUGAUCCUGGGUGUUGCAUUUUCCUCCCAAGCCUUCAGUCACUAGAGGCUGCAAAAUGCUGUUAGCUUUGGGAAUUUGGUGAAAACUUUGAGGCCACUUUUCUGUGGAGUAAUAUAGAGAGGAGGGCCAUCCCCUAGCAAGAGGUGACAAGCACCGAAGGGCAUGCAUUUGUGAAAUCUGGGAAUUCUGGGUGGGAAGCCUGACAAGACAGGUGAGUUACACCAGUCUUCCAGGAUGAUGAAGAUUAGUUCCAUGUAGGUUAGUUGAGGUGGGGAGAGUUGGAGAAUUUGGGAUGUUUAAGGUUGUGUCUAUUGAGAUCAGAAGAGUUAAGCUGCCAUUAUAAAAGUUAGCAGGGGAAACUUGGGGCUGGAGAGUGAUAGGCAAGGGUCUGGGAUAGCUGGUGAUUCUCAGUCUAUUUAAGACCAAAAAAAGCUUAUGUUAAAGUGGUUUCAUACCAUGAUGGGAGAAGAGCAUCUGAAGGUCCUAAAAGUGUUUUUCUCUAGUGUUAGACAAGACUUGUAGUGAGAGAGUCUGAUCCAAGUGAACAAUGAGUCACAAAAGAAUGUGAAGAGUUUUCCUCAGAGUUAAUUAGAUUCACGGCCCAAAUAUCUUGAAAGUUGUUUCUUCUCUCUUUACUUUUUUCCUGACUCUAUAUCUUUCCUCAAAUUAGAUAAGAAUUUACUUAAGAAUAUAAAUCAAUAAACCACAAGAAAAGUCCAUUCAGAGCUGUCCAGCAGGAUAAUUAGGAAUACUUGUAAAUAUUUUCACACGGUUGUUGAUGACUCAGCAUGAUUGCUUACUUAUGGUUUAGUUUGCCACAACCAUGAAUGACCUACAUGAAAACCAACCAUGGUUCCAUUCCAAACUGAUCUAAUAUUGGACACUGCUGUAUAUAGGCACAGAGUCUGAGUGUCUUGCCCAUAGUGUAAAUUAUAAGCUUCAGGGAUGGGCAAAGAUUUGCGGGGAGGGAGCUCUAAAAUGCCUAAAUUCUGCUCAGUCAGAAGCUAUGAGGCUAAAAAAUGGGACUGUGGAACACGCACCAAGGAAAAACCAUCAGUCAUUUCAUACAUGCAUGUAAAAGGUGUUCCUUUAGCUACAGAAACCCUGCCUUCACUCAGCUUAUAACAGGAAUGAGAAUAUGCGUAAAAGUUCUAGCCAAAGAUUCCCUCGUCUCCAUCUCCUGUCUCUGAAUUUAUCGUACAUUAGAGCUCAGGCUUUGUAUCUCUCUGUUUUGUUUGUUAACCUAGUCUCCUGGUGUUAUUCUUCAGUCAUAUGACUUUAUAUAUCAUUAAGUUAAUUACUCCCAAUAUAUCUGCUUUGAAUCCCUGGGUGUGUGUAGAUGUCUAUUUGUCAUCUCCUCUUGAUUGUCUUUUAGAUAUCUUAAAUGUAACAUGUCUGAAACUUAACAUGUCCCCUCCCGCAAACCUUUUUCUCAGUUUUCUGCAUCUCUAUAAAUGACAACUUUAUCCUUCCAGUUGCUGGGCCAAAAAAAAAAAAAAAAAAAUCAAGUCAUUCCUGAUUCUGCUUCUAGAUAUGUUAUUUUUAUCUUCAAAUCCUCAGUAUAUAUCUGGAAUCCAAUUUCCACAUCUACCAUACUGGGCCAAGCUACCAUUAUUUCUCACCUGGAUUAUUCCAAUAGCCACUCAACUUCUUCCUCCUUUUGCUUUGCACCUAUUUCUGGUCUGUCCUCAGCAUAGAAGAUUCUUUAAAAACAUUAAAUCGUAUUUUGUGUAUCCUCUCUUCAAAACCCUCUAGUUGCUUUUCUAUCUCAGUGUAAAAAUGCUAUUUAGAUACUAGUUAACGCUUGAACCUUACAUCCUACAGUUAAUCAAUCUCUCUCCACCACCACCUCUUUAAUCAUACCCCCUGAAUAUAGUAGUGUCUUUGUACCUGCUGCUUAUUCAGAAUGAGGUGGUCUCCACAAAUAACUACAUGAUUUGCUUGUCCACUUUUCAAGUGUUUGCUUAAAAGCCAUCCUCUGGAUAAGUACUUUACGGAUUAUAAGAUUUGAAAUUACCCCAUACAUCUGUUCCAGUAUUUCUUGUCCCCUUGCUUUGUUUUAGUUUUCUCCAAAACAUUGGAUAGAUGGAUAUAUAUCAGGAGAUGUGCCGGGCAUGGCAGUGCACACCUGUAAUCCCAGCAACUCAGGAGGUUGAGGCCGGAGGAUCAUGAGUUCUAAACCAGUCUCAGCAAGUUUACAAGGCCCUAAGCAACUUAGCAAGACUCUAACUCAAAAAAAAAGGCAGGGGGGAUAGGAGAUGUGACGCAGUGGUUCAGUUGCCCCUAGGUUCAAUCCCCGGUACCAAAAAGAGAGAGAGGGGGGUUUGUGUGUUAUCUAUCCUCCUCUAAAGUGAAAAAAUUCAGGAGGGUAGCAAAUAUUAUUUGCUGCUCUAUCCUCAAUACCUAGAAAAAAUUUACCUAUUUUGGGUGAUUAAUAAAUAAGUUGUCCGGCAUAAUUUUGAUGCUGAGAAAUUAAAACUAAUUACAUAAAUAGAUAGAUAGAUAAAUUGAAUUAAUAAAUGAAGAUUCCAGAGAGUAAAUGUACCAAGAGAAGAAGCAGAAGGACCUAAAAGCAAUUCUGUGGUUUAUACCCCCCCCCAAAAUGCCAUUAUAAUAUGUUCCAUUUGAUUUUAUAAAAAGCAAAGCCCAUUUGUUUCAGUAAUAAAGCAGUUUUUAAAUGUAAUUCAAAAAUUCUGAAUUAGGGCUCAGGAAGCACACUUACAGGAAUAUAAGGAAGGAAAGAUAAAAUUUGAGUAUAUUUCAUGCAUCAUCUUAGCUGAAAGCCAGUACCCAUGCAGAAAAUUAGUACAAUGAAGGGAGACUCAGAAUCUUGCUUUUCUCUUUGCCUCUGUAUAAGAAGAGAAAUUGAUUACUUAAAUUUGGUCUUUUUGGGAAGAAAAGUCAAAGUGUUUCUAUAUCAAUGUAAACAGUUAAAGCAUCAGAUUUAAUGAGAUGACGUCUUAAUUUCAUGUAUUAGAUCCUGGCAAACUUCUCAUAAAACAAGUUUAUUUAGCAUAUAGUAUUCUUAUUUUUAAAAAUCUCAUUCUAAUUAUUUAAAAACUUAAUAAUCCUGAUUCUUGUAAUGGCUGCUUCCCAGAAGCGGUGUCACAUGUACUCUCUUAGCCUCAGCAUCCAGAGCUCCAAAAAGGGAAUAUUUCAAGCCAGAUAAAUUUUUAUAUGUACCAUUUCUCAGCCUUCAAGAUCCCAGUAUCAUGACCUCAGUUUCAACACAAUUGUUCUUAGUCCUCAUUUCAUUGCUUUUGGUUCUGCUAGUUGUUGAAACACUAGAAACCGGGGACGCAAUCGCUACCUUGUUAGAUGUGGUUCUCAGCAUUGCAGGCAUUUGUGCUUGCCUUGGUGUGUAUGCAUGAAAGCAGAAUGGACAGAUGUAACUUUUAAGGGCCUCCUGAAUCAAACUUUGCCCUGAAAACUUUUGUGUUAUUGAGGAUAAACCUGAGCUUUAGUCUGUAAACUUCCCAGUGAACGAUAAUGGUUUCUUAUUCUUAGUUGUUUCCCAUGAAAUGAGAACAAAUAGAUGUUUGUUACAUGGAAAAAAAUAUUUUCUUUAUAACAAAUAAUGUACUGAAAACUGCAGCCUAUAAAUUGUAUUUGCUGCUUAGAAAAAGUGUCAAAGACAUGGGAUGGUAUAAAGUAAGUAGUAGUUGAAAGUUUCACAAUUCUCAAAGCACAGGAAAUAGGAAGGAAGAAUCUCUUGUCCAGAAUCUGGCAGAUCUCCACUGUCAAGUUAUCACUGCCUCCUGAAUCCUUAAGGAGUCUUUUUCUCCAUGUUUUUAUUAUAUAUUUGCUUUAUAUACCAAGUUAAUAUUGUACUUACAUAUCAAAUAGCCAAAAUUAAAACAUCUAUAGGGGGAAAAAGGUUUGGAAAAAUGUAUUUAAUAUAUAUUAUAUUGAAAUGGAAAAAGAUUUAAAGUUAAAAAGAACCCUUUAUAUUGACAUUGGAAGAGAUUCAGUGUAAGCAAAACAACCUUUGUAUUAAUUGAGUAACAUCCCAUGUUGAGAAGUAUUAUAUUAAAUAUAAACUCAUUCAUUAUGUUGUAAGUUAAAAAAAAAAAAAAGCCUAGUAGUCCUUAUGCUAUUUCCAUGUUUGUUCCUUGGCUUGACUUGGGUGUCAAGUCUUUUCCGAUUGCUAACUUUGUAACAUUGAUUGUUUUAUCUAGUGACAUUUUUGAGUCAUUGGCUUCUCUUUUUCUCUAGAGCCCUACUAGCACUAUUUGUA